UACAGAACAUGUUAUAUUCGUUAUUACAAAUCUUAAUGCUCUCUAGUGGGUUUGUUCUUUUCCGAUGAUGGAAUGGUUGAUCUUUCUAUAGAAUCGUUAAUUAAUAUGAUUGUUCAGUUCAUGAAGAGGUUUUGAUUGGGGUUGAUCAUGUAUGCAUUCAGUUUUUACUGUUUAUAUAGUUCUGUGUUUUGAGUAGGGUUGAAAUGUAUUGGCUUCUGAUCAUUCAGUUCUACUGUUUUAUGGUUCAUGUCAUUAAGAAUGUUCAAUCCAUGAAUGGGGGUUUUGACUAGGGUUGAAAUGUAUGGAUUCAGAUGUAUUCAAUUUUUUUAUGGUUAAUUGUGUUCAUGUCAUUAAGAAUGUUCAAUCCAUGAAGGUGCUAUGAUUACGGCUUCAGAUGCAUUAAUGUCUACCGUUAAUAUGGUUGAUGUCAUUUAGAAUGUUAAUUAAAUCCUUAAGUUUGAAAUGUAUGGCUUCAGUUGCAUUCAAUUUCUACCGUUUAUUUGCUUCAUGUCAUUAAGAAUGUUAAAUCCAUGAAGGGGGUUUGAUUAGGGUUGACAUGUAUGGGCUUCAGCUGCACUCAACUUCUCUGUUUAUAGUUUUGUGUUUUUUGAUCCAUCUGCUUACGUUCUUUUCUUCCUUCGUUUCAGGUCAAUCAACCAUUUGCAAAAUGUCAAGUUCUUCUAAUUCGACGUCAUCACUCACCGGUUCUACUUCGAGUGCACCAGACGGUUCAGGGAGAACGUUCACUCCUUUCUUUCCUCAGUUUGGGUCGAUGUCUCCUGUUUUAAACCCUGAUGGAACUCUUAAGGGCGUUUAUGAUGUUGAAGACCACUCUUUUAUUCCCACCUCGAAGGCUACCCGUGGUGGACCGAGAAACUCAGUUUUGGGAGCUCCAACUUUGGUAAAUGCCACCAGCUCUCGAGCACCACCACCACCGAGUUCCAUGGGGAAUACGGCUGGUGGAGGCUCAAUGAGCAGGGCCUUGAUCUCUGAUGGAGGAAGUAUACUGAGCUCUACGGGGAGUAUGGGUGGUGGAGACUCAAUGAGCAGGGCUUUGAUCUCUGAUGGAGGAAGUAUACUGAGCUCUACGGGGAGUAUGGGUGGUGGAGGCUCAAUGAGCAGGGCUUUGAUCUCUGAUGGAGGAAGUAUACUGAGCUCCACGGGGAGUAUGGGUGGUGGAGGCUCAAUGAGCAGGGGAUUGAUCUCUGAUGGAGGAAGUAUACUGAGCUCUACGGGGAGUAUGGGUGGUGGAGGCUCAAUGAGCAGGGCUUUGAUCUCUGAUGGAGGAAGUAUACUGAGCUCCACGGGGAGUAUGGGUGGUGGAGGCUCAAUGAGCAGGGGAUUGAUCUCUGAUGGAGGAAGUAUACUGAGCUCUACGGGGAGUAUGGGUGGUGGAGGCUUAAUGAGCAGGGCUUUGUUCUCUGAUGGAGGAAGUAUCAUGAGCUCUAUGGGGAGUAUGGAUGGAAGUACUGAACAUUAUAGAUCAAUGAUGAUUGGGCUCCAAGGAUCCCCACAGGUUUAUUCUAUGCCUGGAAGCGCCUACCCUACUGCUGCUGGGGGACAUUCCCAAACUUAUGUUCAAGCAAUGAACAGCCUAAGCUCUAUGAGCUUAAUGAACUCCAUCUACACCACAACUGAUUAUCAAAUGGAUUUGCAUCAGCAAGAAUUAAUGAUGCAAUCUCAACAGUCAUCUAUGGGAAGGCAUGGUGGGUUUUACUUUGGUGAUGCGUCUAUGCCAACAUAUCCUCUACAACUACCAAGUGCUCAAGCUGUGAGCCGUAGUGGUGUUAUCUCCUCUCAGACUGGUGGACCUCCGACUAUUGGAUCAAGAUCUGUGAAUGCUGCAACGGGUUAUGACCAGCCCCUCCAGCACCAUCAGAACACGUCCCAGUUUGGCGGGCAGAAGCUACCAGCGAUCGGCCAGCCCAUCAGAGACGUGGGAUCACAACCAACGCACGCGACGACACAGUCCACUCCUGACCCUUUUGGCAUGCUAGGUUUGGUUAAUGUGAUAAACCAGACCAACCCUGACGUGACUACUUUGGCACUUGGGAUUGACUUGCAGGCAAUGGGGUUAGAUAUGACCUCCAAAGAAAAUCUUUUCAAGACUUUCGCCUCGCCUUGGGCUAAUGAACCCCUUAAAGAGGAUCAAGAUCACUUCGAUCUACCGCAGUGUUACAACGCAAUACAACUACCACCUCCAAAUCAAGAGAUGUUUAGAAGGUUUGCCAUGAAGACAUUGUUUUACAUAUUUUAUAGCAUGCCGAAAGAUGAGGCGCAGCUAUACGCAGCUAAUGAACUUAACAACAGGUACUGGUUCUACCACAAAGAACACAAGUGUUGGUUCAAACGAAUUGGGAAACCUCUCCUGCAAACAAAUGCUUAUGAAAGAGGAACAUAUGACUGUUUCGAUCCAGACAAAUUUGAGACCGUUCAAAAGGAAAAUAUUGUUAUUUAUUAUGAGAUGCUGGAAAGGAGGCCGUCUCUACCUCAACACCGAGUGUAAAUGACUGUUAUUAAGUAUCUAUGAUGUAAAGUUCCAUCUGUUAGGAAUGUUCAUAGAUCAAGAACCAGUUUCAGUAUGUAAACUUUUCCAAACUUUGCUUUUUGUUUUUGAAUAUUUGUAGCUGAAACUUCUUUAAGCUAUAUAUUGAAUAACUGCAUAUCUGUUUCCCAUUA